AAUAUACCUCCCUCACUAGCCCCCCUCACCACGCACUCCGUCUCUCUAUUCUCACUUGUAAAGCUAACCUUUGGUGCCUUAAUCAACCGAUAGUAAAUGGCGGGGAAGGAAGUGAUAGCGGAGCACGGGUCGUUCACGGCCAAGGACUACCAUGACCCACCUCCUGCACCGCUCGUAGACGCGGUUGAGCUCAGAAAAUGGUCCUUCUACAGGGCCCUCAUUGCCGAGUUCAUCGCCACCCUCCUCUUCCUCUACAUAGGCGUCCUCACUGUCAUCGGCUACAAGAGCCAGACUGCCGCCAGCCCCGACCCCUGCGCCGGCGUCGGCAUCCUUGGUAUCGCGUGGGCUUUUGGCGGCAUGAUCUUUGUCCUCGUCUACUGCACCGCCGGUAUCUCAGGGGGUCACAUAAACCCGGCGGUGACAUUCGGGCUUUUCUUGGCGCGAAAGGUGUCAUUGAUACGGGCAGUGACUUACAUGGUGGCUCAGUGCCUGGGAGCCAUAUGCGGGGUGGGGCUCGUCAAGGCCUUCCAGAAGACGUACUACAACCAAAACGGCGGCGGUGCGAACGAGCUCGCCGAUGGGUACAGCACCGGGGUUGGACUCGGUGCCGAGAUCAUCGGGACCUUUGUUCUGGUCUACACCGUCUUCUCCGCCACCGACCCGAAGCGGAAGGCUCGCGACUCCCAUGUUCCAGUUUUGGCUCCGCUUCCAAUUGGGUUCGCUGUGUUUAUGGUUCACUUGGCCACAAUCCCAAUCACUGGCACCGGAAUCAACCCCGCGAGGAGCCUUGGGGCUGCUGUGAUCUACAACCAGUCCAAAGCCUGGGAUGAUCAGUGGAUAUUCUGGGUCGGACCAUUCAUCGGAGCGGCAAUAGCUGCCUUCCACCACCAGUUCAUCCUAAGGGCUGGCGCGGUUAAAGCUCUUAGUUCCUUCAGGAGUAACCCUUAGUCAAAGGAGUAAAUAUAUCACGACUGUCUAUCUAGAGUCUAGACCCGGUAACUCUUAUAUGACCGUAUCGCAAUAUAUAUAUGUAUAUAUAUAUAUAUAUAUAUCUACGGCAGAUGUAAUAUUGGACGAAGAGUCAGGGUAUAGGCAGCGUUCGUCCAAAAGUUCAAGGUUGUAUUUUGGAUCCUUCCUCCCUGUCUAAAAUUUGCAGGCCUUAUUAUGUAAUGUAGUUCUAUUUGUAACACUUCAGAUUUCUAUUGUUCAUUUUUAUUUCCCUGCGUACUUGCCUA